GGGGGCUGGCGGGGUCCCCCUGCCUGAGCCCCCUUGGACUGUGCUGCUCGUGCUGGAGCGGAGACUCAGCGGGAGCCGCGGUGCAGGGCGCCCGCGGGGCCGGGGCCGCCGCGUCCGUACUCUGUAUUUAUCAAUAAAUCCUUCCCAGCUCGGCGGUCUGCGGGGAUGCUGGAUGGUGACGGGGGCAGUGGCACCAAGGCCAUGUUACCCCCGGGGGUCCUGUGCCCGGCUCCUCCCCGUUGCUGGUUAGCUCCUGGCUCCUGUUGGCUCUGCUCUUCCAAGCGCCCUGUCCUCAGCCCCAGGGCUGCAGCGAGCAUGCGCCUGUGCGUGCCGGCACACGCCUGCGCGGGGCUGCUGGUGGGGGGUCGUGCUCCACUCUCCCUGCCUGGUGCCCCCCACCCCGGCUUCUCGUGGCACACAGCUUGUCGCCUUCCCAGUGCAGGACCUGGGGGACGGACUGCCACUGCACACCGAGGCAGCAACCUCCCGUGAACUCAGAAGGGAAGGGUCAAAGGUCACCCUCAGGCUCUAGGCUGGAGCGUGCCCGCCUCGUGGUCCUUGGGCGGUGAUGACUGUGGCACCUCCCUUGCCCCCUCCUCUGGUCCCAGCGGGGUUGCGCGCGGUGCACAGAGACAGGAAUAGCUCCUGCCCGAGUUAUUCCAGGCAGGCUGGGGCCUGGCCAGCGCGUCCCUGGGGGCUGGCGGACGUGCCAAUGCCUGACAUCAUCUGCCACAGCAGCGCGGAGGGAGCAGCACGUGCGGCAUGGAGCAGGACCCCAGCUCCAGGGGCAUCGGGAGCUGCCCUGGGGCACUGGCUUGGGAUGGGCCCAGGGCUGCCGCAGGGCAGGGGGUGACCAGCUCCAGUGCUCUGCGGCCCCAGUGCGGUGGCUCUGGCUCCUGCCCACACCACAGGCCGGAGCUUCCCUAGGUCCCCCUGCUGUGCCUGGGGCCCUUUAAGGGCGAUGCCCAGGGCUGCAGGAAGGUGACCGGGGAGAAUGUGGCCGGUGAGCUCAUGACAAAAGCCCCCGGUCACGGUCACGGGGCGGGCACACCUGUCCCUUGGGCGCCGCAUAAAGUCUGGAGCAGCCGAGCAGCUGCGGGCACAGCAGCGAGGACCCGCCACAGCUCCCAGCGCCAGGGCAGGCGGUGCCCAGGGCCGGAGCCAUGGAGGCGACUGUGGAGCAGGACCUGAAAUGGGCGACGGAGCUCAUCGACCAGAGGCUGGCGCAGGAGGAGGCGGCGAAGCAGAGCAGCCCUGGGCAGCUGCCAGCGCUGGUGCGGAUGGAGGUGCAGGAGCUGGAGGAUGAGAAGCACCGGGGGGCCCUUCCCCUCGGCAUCGCCGUCCUCAAGGGGAAGGAGCGGGUGCGGAGGAGCUCGGUGGACCUGCGGCGCGAGAUCAUCGACGUGGGCGGCAUCCAGCACCUCAUCGAGCUGCGCAAGCAGCGCCGGCGCCGGCGGGAGGAGCGGGCCGCCACGCCCGAGCCGGCACCCGAGCCGGAGCCCGAGGACCUCGAUGCCGCGGUGGUGCCGGAGAUGUUCCUGCGGGCGGCCGUGCGGGGCCAGCUCCGCCUCGUUGAGAAGUUCCUGGCUGACGGCGGCUCCCCAGACACCUGGGGACACUUGGCCGUGGUGAAGCUGCUGCAGGACCACGGUGCCAACCUCAACCUUGUGGACAAACUCCUGAGCACCCCGCUGCACGUGGCCACACGCACCGGCCACGCCGACAUUGCAGAGCACCUCAUCCACGUCGGCGUGGCCAUCAAUGCUGUGGACAGGGAGGGGGACACGGCCCUGCAUGACGCCGCGCGGCUCAACCGCUACAAAAUCAUCAAGAUGCUGCUCCUCUAUGGGGCCGACAUGCUGGCCAAGAACCUGGCCGGGAAGACCCCCAUGGACCUGGUGCAGCUGUGGCAGACGGACACGCGGCAGGCGCUGGAGACCCCCGAGCAGAGCAGGGUGGAGGUGGAGACGGAGGCGCCGGCGUGAGGGCGGGCGCAGGCUCCAGCAAUAAAGUGCUGUGGUGGACAGCAGCGGGUCCAGGACCGUGUGUGCCUGGGGCUGGGCUGUGCCCAUGCUCCUGCUGGCACCGACCCCGCAGGGUCCUGGUGGAGGGUCUUGCCCCCGCGCUCGGGUUCAGCCCCAUGCUGCACUGGGGCAGGAAGGGA